CACAGCCUGACAAGGGCUUCAUCAGGGGCACCUACUCUAUCUACUGGAAACUCCCCCAGGGCAUUCAGGAAUCCUGUGGAUUCCAUUAGUCCCUGGGGGCAGACCAUCUUAAUCUGUCCACCAUCCCUGCAGGCGACAGUCGGAGCCAUAAAUCUCCAAAUAUUGCAGCUCAGUAUGUAUGUGCCUUAAUAAGCGCCACCUGAUCUGUUGCAAAAUAUUAAACAGCAGCCUACUAAAAAACUGUAAGUGGUUUAAAAAGGGGUUAGGUCUGCUUCAGCAACAGUGACGUUCUCUGCCCGCCUCUAAAAUUCGUUCGAACGGCAAGACAAGCUCGCCAGGACCUUCGUCAAACGUCGAUUCCCCUCCAGCGCCAAGAAAGAACUACAACUCCCGACAGCCUGCUCGUUUGUAGGCUCCCGUCGGAAAAGGAGGUGUUUACUUGUCUUCUCUUCCUGCCCGUGCAAGCUUCUGGCUGAUUCGCUCUGCGCUGAACGCUUUCCUUUAUUUUCCUAGUUUUGAUCUCUCCCGUUGGGGAGUCCCCCUAAAGCGGAUCACUUCUCCAGAGCUGGUGUUAAUUUAGUGAGAUUUCCCGCCUCCGCCUGUCUCUUUUGACGGGAAAUGGAAGGAGCUGGAGUGCAGGAAGAGCUUCUUGUGAGUUGCCCGGUUUGCCUGCGGGAGCUCCCAGCCGCUCACAUCAAUUCACAUCUGGACGGAUGUUUGCAACAGCAAGGCGACGGGGGAGACUGUCAAGUCUCAGAGGGUGGGGGAAGUGGCAGCCCGAAAGACACGAAGCUGGUACCGCAGCAGCAGGCGCCGUCGCCGCCCCCUUGCAAUAAGAAAAUGCGCCUCUCGAAAUCCCCAGAGAGGAGCAAGAGGGAAGAGGGCCCAGGGAGUUCCGCCUCUGUGUUCUCCCUUUUCCACAAGGGUAGGAAUUCUGGAGGGGGAAAGCCCGGACCGCCGAAGGGCGGCGCUGUUCCUGCUGCAUCUCCAACCCGAGGAAAGAUGGAAGAGAAACGGUUGGAUGGGGAGAAUCUAGGGAUAGAAGCGACUGCCUCCGUGCCGGAGCUGAGUGGGGAAAGUCUGGCCCAAAAGUUGGAAGGGAAGCCCCUGGCGGACAAACUAAGGCCGAGCCACUUGGGAGAUUACAUGGGGCAGAAUCAGGUGCUGGGAGAACAGACUCUCUUGCGGUCUCUGCUGGAAGCCCACGAAAUCCCUUCCCUCAUCCUCUGGGGCCCCCCUGGCUGUGGCAAGACUACUUUGGCGCACAUCAUAGCAAACAGUAGCAAGAAAAAUGGCACAAGGUUUGUGACACUGUCGGCCACAAGUGCCAAAACCGUUGAUGUCCGAGAUGUCAUUUCCCAAGCGCAAAAUGAAAAGAGACUCUGCAAGAGAAAAACUAUCCUCUUUAUUGAUGAGAUACACCGUUUCAAUAAGUCUCAGCAGGACACUUUCCUUCCUCACGUCGAGUGUGGAACCGUGACGCUGAUUGGGGCAACCACAGAAAACCCUUCUUUCCAGGUCAAUUCUGCUCUUCUGAGUCGAUGCCGCGUUAUUGUUCUCGAGAAGCUCUCAGUUGAGGCAAUGGAAGCUAUUCUGAUGCGAGCUAUCAACUCCUUAGGGAUCCAGAUUCUAAGUCAAGACGAGCAACAUGCUGGCUCGGUGAAUGGCAGCAACAGCAAGGGCUCUGAACUGUGCGUGUGCAUUGAGAGAAAAGCUGUAAACACUCUUGCCUACCUUUGUGAUGGUGAUGCAAGAACUGGGUUGAAUGGACUCCAGAUGGCUGUUCAGGCCAGAUUAACUAAACUCCACCAGCAGAGUAAUACAUAUGGCUGUUCUGUUAAUGAAAUGGUCAUCACAGAAGAUCAUGUUAAGGAGGGUCUUCAACGAUCCCACAUUCUGUAUGAUCGAGCCGGGGAAGAGCAUUAUAACUGCAUCUCUGCCCUCCAUAAAUCUAUGCGAGGCUCCGAUGAAAAUGCUUCUCUUUACUGGCUUGCACGAAUGCUUGAAGGUGGUGAGGAUCCACUAUAUGUGGCAAGAAGACUGGUGAGGUUUGCAAGUGAAGAUAUAGGAUUGGCCGAUCCCUUGGCAUUAACUCAAGCAGUGUCUGCUUAUCAAGGCUGCCACUUCAUUGGAAUGCCAGAGUGUGAGGUCUUACUAGCACAGUGCGUAGUCUAUUUUGCCAGAGCCCCAAAGUCUAUAGAAGUAUAUGGCACUUACAGCAAUGUCAAGGCAUGUCUGAGAAACCACCAGGGACCACUUCCACCUGUUCCUUUACACUUGAGGAAUGCCCCAACAAGACUCAUGAAAGACAUAGGCUAUGGCAAAGGUUAUAAAUAUAACCCAAUAUAUAAGGAACCUGUAGAGCAGGAAUACCUGCCUGAAGAACUGAAAGGGGUCAAUUUUUUUACACAAAGAAGAAUGUGAUGAUCCUACCUGUGAUGUGACGACCUACUUUCUCCUACUACACACAAUUUUAAUUCUGCUAUAUUUUUUUAUAAUUUCAGUUCUUUGUAUAUGGACUGCAUAUAGAAAACUGUUAGCCACAAUCUGGUCUAUAGUUAUACGAGCUUAAGAUCAACUAAAAUCAUAUCUGGGUAAGCCAUUAUUUUUAAAAUAAAGUAUUUAGAGCACAAUCUCGCCUAGGUUAGGCACUUUUAAUGGAACUUAUUUAAACAUAUACUAAAUGCUCCCAAUUAAAUCAGUGGGACUUUAAAGUGCCUAAUUUUGGCUUGACUGUGCCCUUGAUUUGAUCAAAACUCUCAAAAAGGACUGUGUAAGAAGAGUACUGCAUUUGCACCUUGAGAUUAAAAAAAGAAAUGUAACUGAAACUGAUCACAUUGUCAGAUUAUUUUUGAUUUUAUAAAUAAAAUUGAUUUAAAAAUU